AUGAAUUCGCAGCCCGGCGAGAUAAAAAACAAAUUCCACAUAUCAUGGUCCGGAACAUUAGCCCCCGAUUCCCCGGAAUACAUAACCUCAAUUCUCUGCUUGCCCCUAAUCUCCCUCGGCAAGUCAAACAGCGGCCCCGACUGGACCUGCAUCCUAGUAGGCUUUAGUUCCGGUUACCUGCGCUGUUACACCGAAACCGGUAGUCUCCUGCUCGAAGAGCAGCUCCACAACGAACCAAUUCUAAACCUAAAAUGUCAAUCAUUAACUUCUCCCCGUCACACGGGAGACACUGGCCUCUCCGAAGAGAUCCACGUCAUCUACGAAUCAGUAGUCUGUAUCCUCCCGGGGUUUCCUUUUUUUUCCACCCUCCGAGCUUGUAGAAACCACUUAGCGCGUGUGCAAGCGAACUAUAGCAGCGACAAGGCCCCAUCUAGCGGCCUAACUUUCAAAAAACUUGGCUUGAGAGACCAAGAUGUCGCUAAUGACUGCGAAGUAAUCGGAACUACUUCAGUAAACACAUUCGACCACCUAAUGACGGCUUCAAUUUGCGGAGGCUUCAAUGCCUCUUACCGUUCCAGCGCUCCCCAGCAUAAUUUAGUAAUGGCCACCGGAAAGCGACCUUACGUCGGGUUCCACUUUGCCCUAGAAGGUGGCGCUGCUCCAGUAUUGUCAGAUGUCGCAAUUGCAAUGGCAAGCUCCUUGGCAAACGCAAUUGGCAAGAUAGGAACCGCAGUUCCGUGGUUCCGCGCUUCUAAAUCCUCCAUUGACAAGCCCAAGGUUCCAGGAACAGUCCAGGAACCAGCGGAACCAAUGACCUGUCGCUUUGGACUCAGUGAUAUAAUGCGCGAAGGCCAUUCCUUGAUAGUAAGCCCCAACAAGACCCUAAGUGUCAUUUCCGACGCUAUGGGUCGCGUUAUUUUAAUAAAUAACCGCAGAGGAAUUGCUUUAAGGAUGUGGAAGGGCUACAGAGACGCCCAGUGUGGCUGGAUUGAAGUUACAGAGGACAAAAGGUCCAAAGGAACUAGCAAAAAACGCUCAGCGCUAUUUUUGGUGAUCUAUGCACCCAAAAAGGGGAUUAUUGACAUCUGGGGGGUCCAAACUGGUUCCAAAAUUACAACUUUCACCGCGAGUAAAAAUGGAAGGCUUCUUUAUGUUAAUUAUGGGCUCUUAGGCUUGAAUGAUAUCGCUCCUUCGUUUCCUAACCGGCCAAUUUAUUCCUGCGUAUUUUUAGACCCCCUAGGAGGCUUUAAGGAAAUUUUGGUGCCAUUUCAUUUUGCCUUGAGCAGCAAAAACGGAAAGCGGGCUCGUGAUAUCCAUCUUUUUAAAAAACUUAAAACCUUUUUGAGAGAAGAAGAGUUUGAUGAUGAUAAACUAGUCCUAGAAGUUGGAAAUAUAUGCAAAGAUUUGAAAACUAAUGAAAUAAGACAGCAAAUUUUGGAGAAUUUGAUUACUAGUAGACAUAUUAUUCCUGAUGUUUUGAUAAAGGUGACCGAGAUUUUUAAUGAGGUGCUUGUUGAGCAGGAAAUUGAAAGCAAUACUAAAUUUUUGGUGCAAUUUUGUGAUCAAAUAAAACAAGUGGUUCUUUUUUACAAAUUUUUAAAAUCUGUUGAGAAAAAUGCAGAUUUUGAGGAAGAUUCUGAGGAAAGUUUGCCGGGUGUUCUUUUAACAUCCGAAAGAGAAAUUAAAAGGAUUCUAAAGCUUGCUGAAAGUCUAGAAGAGCCAGAAAAGACUCGGGUUACUUUUAAAGGAGGAUUUGUAGACUUUAUUUCUGCAUUUGAAUUUGGAAGUCAGGUUACUUUAAAAAAGAAUGUAUCAGAGGAUAAAAAGGAAUUAAUUUCGGAACUAAUUUAUCAAAAUUGUUUGGAGGGAGGUUCAAUUAAUACUUGGAAGUCUGAAGCAGAGUCUAGCGGGCUUCAAGGAAAAGUUCUGAUGGAACUAGCUCUAGUUUACUGGCUAUCUAAGCGCCCUCUGGAUCUUGAGAGUCAUUUAAAGAGGUUUACAAAGCUUGUUCAGGGAAUUUGUGAUAGAGAAGCUGAGGACAUUUGUGUGGAUUAUAAUGACGAGUCAAUUUGGUGGAAAGACACUAGAGAAAUUCUGAUGAAUUCUACGAAGCUUCUUCAAGCGCUGACUGCUGCUCUGGCUUGUAGGAGUGUUGCGAUAAGUUUGUCGGCGAGUAGAGAUAAACAGGUUAAGGAAGAGGGAAAUGAUGAAGGUUGGGAGAAUGUUAGCAAAGAUGUGUGUCUUUUUACGCUUCUAAUUGGAAAUCUAGAGGAUAUUGUUAUUCUGAAUCUGACUCUUAAGAAGCCUAAGGUUGAUGAGUCGACGCAGUUCUUGGCACUGCCGUUUGAAAAGCAGGAGAUUUCGCUGGGGAAUGUUAUUUCGAGAGGACAGGGAGCGAUUUCGGAGAUUGUUGCCAAGUGGUUGUCCGCUUCGGGGAUUGAGCCUUCGAAGCUUAUUGAUACUACUGAUGUGGAAUUUAAUCCGAAAGGUUCUUCAGAGCCGGUGGAGACUGAGGAGGGGAAAAAAGAUGAACAAGAUUCGGAUUUGCAAGAUGCUGACUCUCUGGAAGAAAUUUUCGACAAAAUGGCGAUGCUAAAGUGCCGUUUUCCUUACAGCUUGACCAGUAGCGUCCUCUUGGCAAACUUAACCUGGCAGUAUGUAAUGUUUUGGAGCAAAGAUGUCACUAGGCUCGAUGUUAUAGAAGCGGCUUUGACUGUUUUGAGACAAAUUCCCAUGAAAUCAAUGCGCCAAGGCGUAUGUUGUCUUUUGUGGAAUAUUCACUUAAAAAAAAGGAUGGAAGCCGCUGGAAAAUUGAUUAACAAACUUGGCAAACUUCCCAAGGAGAGAUUAUGCACCCAAGAUGUUGGAUUGUCUGAUGUACAGACGAUAAUUUUCUUGGAGCACUGUGUCAGCUUCUUGGAUAUUUUCUUGGACGCUGAAGUCUUGGAAGAAGAUAAGAAUACAGUGGUUAAGGCUGAAGAAUUAUGGGAAGGACACGCUGGACCUCAAGCAUUCUCUGCUCUGGCCAUCAAUCAAAUUCCUGGAAACUACGAUUUAAUUUUGCUCCACUUGCAAUUGGGAUAUGUAUUACACAUGAUUGCUUUCUUCGGGAUCAAAUCUUUGAAACCGAUGACCAGUUUGUUUGAAUCAGUGACCAGCAGAUAUUUCUUCCAAGACAUCACAGACAAGUUUAUCUUCACCUGGUACCACGAUGACAAACGAGACGGUAACAGGUUAGACUUCCUUUGUCGUGUUAUUACCGCGUCGAUGGAAUCGAUUCAUCAGGAGACUACAGAAGAUGGUGUUGAUUCAAGACAAGCUGUUUUGUGGAUGAGCAAGUGUACUGUUUUAGCUUCUAUGUGGAAAAUUGAUUGUGAUAAAUUGAGGAUACAUCAAACUUGCCAACUUUAUGUUAAUGGAUUUGAUCAAUUAGCUGAUGAGGUUCUAACUGCAGUAAAUGACACAGAAACGUUAGCAGUAAAUUUAUUACCAAUAGCUGGUUUGCGUAUGAUGUCAUUUUUAUCCAAAUCACCAGACUUAUUAGAGGAAGUAUCAAGGAUAAGUCCUGCAUUAACUCAGUACUUGGAAAAUUUGAAUUUACCAGGAAUUGUAAUAACAAGCUGCUCCAACGAAAACAAUAUUGAGUUGAUAAAAAAAGUGUCACAAUACUUACCAGAUACGCAUAAUGAUUAUCAUUACGCGCAAUUAAUGCUCGACGCGACUUUUAUUUAUCGCGGAUGA